AAGAGCCAACACGCUGUCGCCAAAAUCGCUAAUUCUACCUCAAAAUAUAAAUAUUUUCGAAAUUUAAAAGUGGUAUCCUUUUUGUGUGUGUUUAAAGUGUCUACUGUGAAAUUUUCGUGAAAAUCGGAGUGCGAUAUCAGUAUCAAACAGUCGGUUUUGUUGUAGAAUAUUUUAACAUACAAUAUAAUCUGUAUGUAGGCGAAGCGAUGUUGUCGGUUCGUUCGUAAAGCCAUGUUGCCGGUUUCGAAGUGGCUUUAAAACACAAUGUGUUAUGGAACGACUGUCUGUGACAGUUGAAUGCGCAAGAUAAAGAGUAACUGCUGGUUGGAAAUAAAAAAGGCGGAAAUGGAUAGCAAAGAUAGAAGAAAAAUCCUCGUCAGGGACCUGAAUGAAGUCAUUACUUGCAGACUGUGUGAGGGAUAUCUCGUCGACGCUACGGCGUUGACAGAGUGUUUCCAUGUGUUUUGCCGAGCCUGCAUUCUACGACACUUCGAAAAUAGUAAGACUGGUUGCCCGAUUUGCAAUACUAUCUAUAAGAGAAAGUCACAGACAUGCUUCAGGGCAGACCCACAAACCCAAACGUUGGUCUACAAGCUGGUUCCGUCACUGUUCGCCAGAGAAUCUCAGCGGAGGGAAGAUUUUUACCGAAGCACCGGCGUCAGGGCGUCCAGUUCCUGCAGCGACGACAGCGUCAUCGAGAGAGAAAGAGACAUGAUGAAUGAUCAGGAGGAGAUACUCUCAAACUACUUCGGCGACAAAUUCCAAUUCCUUAGCCCAGACGAUUCGGUCUCGUUAUCUUUAGAGUACUAUCAGUCUCAUCUGGAUACCACAGACACCGAAGAACCAGAAAAAUCCGUACUAAACAAUAGUGAGUGUUCUAAACCAACAAACAAUAGUGAAAAUAGUGGAAGUGUAAAUAUCGAUUCAAAACUAGAGAAUAGUGAUAGUGUUAAAAACGGUGACCAAGACUUAUGCAAAACCGACCAAGAUAGUAAAUGUGAUAAAAGGUUUCUUCAGUGCCCAGCUGCUGUUUCUAUGAAACACCUGCAAAAGUUUAUUAGGAUGAAAUUUGGACUAACGGGAGACCAUAGAGUGGAUAUUAUCUACAAGGGGGAAGUUUUGAACUUGGACUUCACUUUAAUGGACGUCGCAUAUACUUUCAAAUGGAGAAGAGAGCAUCCGAUGCGGUUCUUCUACAGAAUCUUCACCCCAUUGAAGAUCAGACCUAUUAAGAUCGUAAACACUCCAUUACUUGGAGGUGGAAAGCAACUGCAAAUCGUACCUGUUAAGUCCAAUGUAGAAAAGCAAAUACCUUCACCUCCAAGAGAGGAUAAGACGGAAAAACCAGAGGUUAAGACUAAUUUUUUAGAAGAAACGGAAGAUCAGAAAAAUCAUAAAGAGAGGCUGUUUGCUCACCUGCAAUUGCAAAGUAAAAGCCAAGCAGAAAAAGAUAGCAAAAAAGUACCUGAAAAAUCCCAACCAAAAGACUGUGUAUUUGAAUAUGAGGAACCAGAUCAAGAAGAGAUUAAACGUUUUGCAGAAAUUCGAGAUAGAGAAUGGGCAAAGAAACUUGACGAGGAAAGACGGAAAAGGCAAGUGGAAGAUUAUUCAGUACAUCAUUUCAGCAAAAAACGAAAAAAGAGCAAACAUUCAAAGAAUGAGUUCAAUACUCAUAAAAAACGAAAAUUGCACGCAGAAAUAGCACCUAAUCAAGAAGAUCACUUAAAGCUUAAAGUAAAAAUCACUAAUAACGGCCAUAAGCACAAGUACCACAAGAGUUCUACUCAAUUCAAUGAAAGAGAAAAGACACAUUCUACGGAAUUGAGCUCUAAAGAAAAAUUGCUCCAAAUGAGGCAAGUUCGACAUAAACACGUCUCGAGUGAAGAUAAAAACAUUCAAACUGUACCAAGCAUAAUACUCGCAAGUACCAGUAGAACGGAGGAAAAAGUAAAAAGUGACACAGAUAAACCUCAGGAACCAACGACAUCUGCGCCUAAAAUUACUGAGGAUAUAAAGAAGGUAAAAAUCAAAGUGACCGAACCAUCCAGUAAAGUAUCUGAAUCUGCAACUCUUCCUAAACAACCUUCAGAGCCAGCUAGUACUAGUCCUAAAGUUGGAACUUUCUUAGAAUCCAGUAGUUCCAAAACUGGCUUCACGAUCAAGAAUACAGGUGAAAGAGAAUGGGGAAAGAAAGUACCUACCGUUCAUUUGGAACGUAACGAACAAACGGAAAAGCAGGCAUUUCUUAAAGCUUUUCAUGCUUAUGCCGAAAAGUACCAAAAUGAAAAGAAUCAACAAAUUAAAUUAAAAAAUGCAAAACUAUCUCAAGCGAAGGCUGAAAAUAAUAAAAUUACUACUAAUAACAAAUCUCUUAACUUAAAGCUUGCUAAUCUACAACAAAGAUGUACAAUUGAGCCAAAACAGCCUGAGAAAAUCGAAAAGAAAAUGCUUAGCCACUAUCCUCCUGGUUUUACUGUUAGUAAAGUAGAGCAAGGAUUAAAACGGAAAAAUGAUGAAUCUGAUAGUAUCAACGAUAAACGGCCCAGUUUAGAGAUAACUCUUAUUAAUCCUCCCAGUGGAAGCCCUAUACAAAUUACACCAAAGCCAAUAGAUAAGCCACAAGUUAAGAGGCCUCCACCAGCAACGAUUCCUUUGGAGAAGAUUAAAAAAUCAGUUAGUUUAAAAUCUGGUAUAAGCAUUAUUCCGAAAAUGCCAGACAGAUGUGACAACAUAGGAGCUUUAGAUUUGUCAAAUAAGUCUCCUGAAAGCUCUCCACGAAAUUCUCCAAAAGUAGAUGCUACAAACGGCAUCAGCAUUACAACAAACCGACAAUUAAACGCCUUAGUUAGACCAACAGAAAAACCCAGCGUCGCCUUAGCAAACCUCCAAAUGCUUUCCAAAGUAGCAACGGAACAUCCAAUAGUUAGCAAUAAACCUACGCCAAACCACGUGACCAACAAACCCAGGCCCCAAAUGCCUAACCUACAGACGUUAAAAAUCCCUAACCUUCAAAGCCCGAUUCAAAUGAAGACUCCUAAUCUCCAGAAACUACCGAAAUUAAAUGAAAUCCAGAAAUUCCGGCCGACGGCCCAAGUCAGGAGUGUUCGACCAAAUCAAAACCAAAAUAUUAGGAAUAUACCAAACCCAAGCCUUCUAAUCAACAGACAGCAGAAUCAAAAUAGACUGGGUAUUGGUAAUUCAACGAGCGACCCGCUGAAGGUACCAAACUCAUCAACAAUAGUGACCUCUACAACUGCCUCAACAUCGAAAGACUCUAGUAGUACUAGUGCGGUGAAAACCUUGGACAGUAAAAUUCAAGAAAAGAAGGAGAUAUCUGUGUGAAUCGGUGGUUUGUUUUGUGAUAACGUACUUGGGCAUAAAUUGUGAUAAGCGUGUUUGUCGGACAAUAUUUAGAUUAACGUCGUUAGUGGAGUCACUGAAGGUGAAUAUGAGCUAUUACCUCCGAUUUCGUUGAACCUCCAUCGAUUUGCAUGAAAAUUGGUGAGUGGUUAGAGGAUAUCUCAAGGAACAAAGGUGACAUGGUGCCAACUUGCGCUUUUACCCUGGGGAUGCCACCCUUUCUCGGGGGUGAAAAUUAUUUUAUUAAAAAUAACCCCAUAAUUCGAUAGAGGGACAAAUUUCAAGCAAAAUUUGUUAUAUAAAGUUAUUAAAAUAAAUCAAAACUUUUUAAGUCAUUAAAGAUCAAAGAUUUUAAUUUUUCUUGAGAAAAAUGCAUGUUUUUAACCAAUUUUUCAUCAAUAACUCAAAAAGUGUAAGUUUUUACAAAAAAGUUAUAAUUAUCAAAAUUGAAGCUAAUAAAAAAUUAAAUAAACCUCUUACUAGAAAAACUUUUUAGUGUUAACUAAAAGUGAGUUAUAAUUGAAUGUAUAUUUUUUUCGGCGAGUAAAAACUCUAAGUAUUCAAGCUGAAAUAUCGGGACAUUGAUGCAUUUUAUAACAUAAUCUCACUAAACAUUUGUCAAAGUACUUAAAAACAUCUAUCAAAUGAGCCCCCGAACAUGUUGAUAGCGUUAAAAUUUAUGCUCCAAAAUUUUUUCAAAAUUUAUCUUUUAAAAAUUUUUCCAAAAAAUGUUAUUGUUUUUUUUAAUAAAUCCGUUCAUGCUUACGACAUCAGGUUCAUCUAAAAACUGUUUGAAAGUUAAUUCCAUGUGCUAUUUAAGCACGUUGAACCUAAUCUUUUAGACCCCUUACUUCUUUAAAAAUAAAAGGUUAAAUGGUCCCGGUUGCAUGGUUCCCACAGCAAAAUUUAAGAUUUAAACGUUUCUAUCUCGGUUAUUUUUUACCCUAUAGAAAUAGUAAAACAGGUAAACUAUUUGGUACAGAAAAAACUAAAAUUUGGUUAUAUAUAAUUUUUUACGUAUAUUGAGUAUUUUUGGAGUAUUAUCAAAAGAAUAUGAGAAUUACAAUAAUUUUAAAAAUUAUGAUUUUUUAAAUUGUAUCUUUUUUUUUAAAUAUGCAUUCUAAACCGGUCAAAAUUAUCGAAAACAUUACUUAUGCUAAUAUAAAGAAGUUCUUGUAAGGAUUACUAUAAAUUUUAAUUUUUGUGGAAAUGGCGUAUGUUUUAUUUUUCACUUUUUCCUAAAAAAUUCGAAACGGUUCUUUUAUUUUCAUUAUCACUUACUUAAUUUUGACGCUAUUACCUUGUUCUGAAGCUCAUUUGAUAGGUAUUCCGAAGUACUUUGACAAAUGUUUUGCAGGAAUAUUUUAUACAUUGCAUCGUUUUCCCGUUAUUUAAGCUUGAAUACAUACUUAGAUUUGAGUACUCAUCGAAAAAAUACACAUUCAAUUGCCAAUAACUCACUUUGAACUAACAUUAGUUUAAUUCUUUGUAUGAGGAAUGGAUUCAAUUUUUUAUUGUCUUCAAUUUCAGUAAUAACAACUUUUUUGUAAAAGCUUAUAGUUUUUGAUUUAUACGUGAAAAACCGAUUUAAAACAUGCAUUUUUUUACGAAAAAAUAAAAUCUUUGGUCUUUAAUAACUCAAAAAGUGUUGAUUUAUUUUAAUAACUGUAUAAACAAAUUUUGCUUAUAAUUAGACCCUCUAUCGACUUAUGGUAUUAUUUUUAAUAAAAUAAUUUUCACCCCCGAGAAGGGGUGGCAUCCAACCCCAGGGUAAAAGCGCCAGUGACAUCAUGUCACCUUUGUUCCUUGAGGUAUCCUCUAAUUACUUAGCAAUUUUCAUGAAAAUCGAUGGAGGUUCAACGAAAUCGGAGGUGAAAACCUUCAGUGACUGCACUACGUGGAAUUAUACGAUUUGUAUAAAAAAUAUUGUUACUUGUAUUUAAUAGUAGGUAACAUUCGUUGCAAUAGUUUCAAAAAAUAUUUAAACUUUUUCUUUUAUGUAUCGUAAAUUGAUUUUUUAUUGUUCCAUAUUGAAUAAGCUUAAAAAUUGCAAAAGGUGGUAGACUCUGAGUGUCUUAUUGGCUAAUAAUUUUAUAUAAACUGUAUGUGGCAGUGGGCUCAGCAUUUGUCACAAUCAAGGACACUGCACACAUCUUAUGGCAAGUAUAAUGUCACUCAAAUUCAAUAAAAUUUACAUGAAUAUAUUUGUCUCAAAAAUACAAUUAUAUCAUUGCGUUAACUCUGAAUUUUCAUUAAUAGCGGGGUAAAUAAAUUACGGAUAUAUAUUAAUGUAUAAUAAAAUGGGUAUAUGUACGUGAGUUAGAGGGAGAAACGAGAUUUUGUAAAUCGGCAGUUUAUAAAUCUUUCUGCAGGUAUUAAGACACUUAUCUUAUAGAUAAUAAAUGACAACUUACACCAAAGUAAAUAAUUUCUCUCAUCGGCUUAACUCACGCUAUGAUUAAACUGUUUUCAAUGGCGACUAGACCUAAAUGAAUAUGAUAGUUUUAUGGACUUGUGAUGUCUUGGACUUGAAGAAUGUGAUGCCAUAAACUUUAAUUACUGAAUAAUAAAGAAAAUUUGGAAAAUUUGGAAUUAUUGAUCCGUGCUAAUUACGUUGUAAAUUAUCAGGCCCUGGAUAUGCAACGGAUAAUUGUCAUAACAACGUAGGAAGAGAGUUCCUAACUAGAAGCAUCGGUUAUUUGAGUUGAGAAGAAAGGAACAAAAACAAAAUCAGUUGAUCAGUUGUUCCUUUAUUUGCUGCAAAGGACACAGCACAUAUCUUAUGGAAAAUAUCACUCAAAUGCAAUUGCGCCAACUCUGAAUUUUGGUUAAUAACGGCGCAAAUUGUAAUUAAAGUUUAUCGAAAUCACAGUUUUGUGAUAUCAAGUCCAUAGAAAUGUCAUUCAUAAAUAUUAUUAUUCUAGGUGCUAUGCAAAACAGCUUAAACUCACCGUGAGCUAAGCCGAUUAGAGCUUAAGCCGUUGUCAUUUAUUAUCUAUACGGAGAAUACCUGCGGAAGAUUUAUAGAGUACCUACCGAAUUAUAAAAUCUUUUUUCUCUGUCUAACUUACGUACCUACGUAUCCAUUUGAUUUUAGAUUUAUUUAUAUCGAUUUACGCCGUUAUUAAACAAAACUCAGAGUUGACGCAAUGAUAUGAAAUGUUCGUAAUUUCGAGACGAAUCUAUUCAUCUAAAUUUUAUUGAAAUUAUGUUAUAUUUUUCAUAAGAUGUGCGCGGUGUCCUUUGGUACGAAGUAGAUAAGGGAUAUUUAAUAUAUUGUUUAUUUUAUCGAAUUUCUUCUUCUCAUUAUUGUUAUUCGUUAUACUACGUCGCAUGUAGUUUCUAUUGCCUAGGUCCUCUUUUCUCAUCUUGCAUUUAAAAUUAUUUUUUCGGGAAUCAGUAUCCUAAUAAAUUGGUGACAAUUUAUUUUAUAAACAAAAUAGCGACUAUAUUCUAAAUUUUCACAAACUCUAGGAUAAGGUUAAGUCAGAGAGUAUGUUAACAUCUGAAGACAAGACGUUAUAAGCGUCUGUGUGCAUUAAGAAAAAUUAUUCAAGUAAGUAUGUGUUUUAUAAGAAUUUCAUUGUUUGUCAUGUCAUAUUUUUAAUUUAAAUUCAGUAUUUUUGGAAAUAUUUAAAAUUAAUUAUAAAAACUGUACACUUAAGGUACGUGUACUCAUGCAUUUAUUCGAACCGGUCGGCAUCGGAACACACCACGAUGAUCGUCAAUUUAAUGUCUUUGUGUAUUCAAAUGAUUCUCAAGCAAUAUGUUGAUAUUCGGGUGGUACAAUGUAUUGAGGUGAGUAGUAACCUUCAUAAGUAGGCAUCAAUCCAACCUGCCCGCCCGCCCCAAUGAUCCAGAUCAUCCACCCCCAUAGCAACAGCACUCUGAUGCGCUCUAGUGACUCUCUAUCAGCAAAAUUGUGGACUCUCGCACAAAAUCCUACCCCAAACAAUGCAGGCCAGCGUGGGCGCUCUAUUCCCGCAAUCUCUAGUGACUUAUCAUCGAUCUGUAUUGUUUUCUUGGUCCUCGAGUCCCCGCUCCGGGCUAAGUCCAGUUCGGUGACUCUGCGCUCGUGAUGUGGGCCCCUCUAAGGCCGAUGCCACAUUAUGCGUUUUGACCGGAUGCGGUGAAAACGCAUCCGUUUCCAACGCAACCGGACCGACCUGUCACACUAUGCGUUUAGUCUGGUGCAGUUUGUAAGCGCGUACCGAUGACUCAAAACGCAUCCGUUUCCAACGCAACCGGACCGAUCUGUCACACUACGCGUUUUCACCGGAUGCGGCGGAGACGCAUCCGGUCAAAACGCAUAAUCUGACAUCGGCCUAACGCGUUUUUGGGAUUUGUUAGUAUUUUUGUGGCUUGCGCCUUUUGUUAGUUGUUUUGUUAAUUUUUUGGUGGCCGAAGCCGUUUGUUUUAGAUUUUUUUUUGAGGGCUGUCUGUAUUCAAAUGAUUCAGCACACAUUUUAGUGAAACUUAAACAUCGACUCACAAAAAAUCACGCCGAAUAGAGUUACUGCGGAGUUCUUCUUCUUCUGGUACCUAUCCGUUACGAAUGUUGACAAUCAUUCUGGCAGUUGAUCAUCCUCCAUUAUUAGCUGCUGCCUUGAAAAGCCCUGUAGUAGAUAUCGUAAACCAGGUCCUCAAGUUCCUGAGCCAAGAUAUUCUUUUUCUUCCGACGCCUCUUUUACCAUUCACCUUUCCCUGCAAAAAUGCAUUUUAACAGGUUAUAUUUUGUUUCAUUUCUUGUGAUGUGGCCGAAAUAUUCUAAUUUUCUUCUUUUUACAAUGCACAUUAUUUCCUUCUCUUUAAGUUUUUUAGUGUUUUGGCAUUUGAUGUUUUGUCCAUCCAUGAUAUCUUAAGAAUUCUUCUGUAUGUCCACAUUUCGAACGCUUCCUGUCUCUACGUUAUUGCUUCCGUUAGAGUCCAAGACUCUACUCCAAAUAAUAAGAUGGAGAAUAUAUAACAUCGGAGGAGUCUGAGUUUCAGUUUUAAAUUAAAAUUGUGUGAACAGCUUGGAUAUUUGGAUGAACGCUGCCUUGCUUUUUCUAUUCUAGCUUUUAUUUCUUGGGAGUGGUCCCACUGCUCAUUAGGCGGAGCUCAUUAUCCCACUGUGGAGUAAAGUUUUUUAUUUUGUGAGAUCAGUUUUUACUGAUAUGUUCCAAAGCAAUUUUCUUGUUGUAUCUUAGUACCAUUUACUAUAUUUACUGAGAAUGCGCCAUAAUUUUACUUUAAAAUAAGUUUAUUUUGACGUUUAGAUUUCCACUUAGGAAACCCACUUAAAGAAAAUAUAUUUUUUUUUCUUAGUUUUGUCGAUAUUUUUUUAACCUUCUUUUAUUUAGGAUUUGUAAUCUUAACUGUUCUAUAGUCUUCUUCUUCUUCUUUAUAAGCAAUUCUACUUGUUCAUUGGAGGAUUGAUACCUCUAUGGAAGGUUGUCACUCCAUCUUUUACGCGGUCGGCCGAUACUUAUUCUACCUAUUGGUGAUUUAUCUUUUGCUAUAUUGACCACACGUGUCCCCCCCAUUCUUUUUGUCCCCCCCAUUUUCUUCUAUUUAGUGUCCAUUCGUUUAUUUAUACACUGUACGUUACAUUUUCUUCUCAUGUUUUCACUCCUCUUUCGAUCUCUUAGGCAGUGGCGGCUCGUGACCUCAGUAUGCGGGUAGGCUACACAUAUACUUCGGGUAGGCGACAAAAAAUAUCCUACAAUUUGUAAUACAUUUUGAGCCGUCUUGCAAUACUAAAUGUAAUCUAUGAGCGCAACAAUGUGUAAAAAUUGCUUUUGGCGCAUCUACUUUAAUUUUUGAUUGUAAUCCGUUUAAAGAGCCAGCCAUUACACUUGGCUCAAGCACGUUUGAAAUUAAACUGUAUAGAGCGUCUGCAGAUCUAUUCUCGCUAACAUCAAAAAACCCUAAAAAUCUUUCUGUUACCUGACCAACUUUGUUAACAAAACGGAUUGUUAAAGUACACUGUGAUUUUUCGGUUAUAUCAGUAGUAUCGUCCUUUAGUAUAGAAAAAAAUUGACUUUCAUUAAUUUCUGUUGAAAUUUCAUUGUUUUACGUAAUCGGCAAGGCAAUCUAUUAAAUCAUUUUGUAUUGUUUUUGACAAACCCGUGAACACCCCUUCUAUUUUUUAACAUGAUCCUGGAUUUCCUGAUCGCGUUUAACUACUAAAUUAAAAAUUUCUUUAAAAUUACCCAUGUUUGAAGAAUUAUGGCUCUCAUCACGACCGCGAAAUGCAAGUUCUUGUUUUACUAACAGAAUUGUAACAUCAAUUUCUUCAACUUUUUCAAUCUUUUUCAACUUCUUCAUUAUAUAUCUUAUUAGAUAGAGAAAUUUGUCCAGCUACAGCACUGUCAAUAGUUUGUUUAUUUUUUUCUAACCGUUUUAAACCGAAGCAAUUGUUUAAAUGUUCUUUCGAAGAUUCAUGUUUUUUUACACUAGCUGAUAAAUUUUUCAAAUCUGAAUAUCCCUGACUGACCCAAACAUUUUGCUUCAAAUUUGAGAGCAACAGACAAGGCCAACAGAAAAGUGAAUUUUUAAAAUAACUUCCGCUUAGCCAUUUAUGAUUUUCAUACCAUAUUGUUUUAAACGAUCUCGAAAAUGGUCGAUUGUCUUUUGUCUUAUCUGUGGAUAAAAUUGUUAAAUUUGGUAAAGGCCGGUCCAUUGAAAUAAUUGAAAAAGGCGUCUCGAUCAAACUGCAUAUUACAUCGUUUAAAAUAUUCAUAUUCGAUGACUAAAGUUUUUCCACCAAUAAAACUAACACACCUACGUUUCAACAACGUCAAAUAUUACUUAUUUUAUUUAUGUAUCAAAUAAUAAUUUACUGUUCGAAUAAAUUGAUAAGUUAACAAUUAACCUCGCUUUAAAUUUUUAAUUAUCUAUAUAAUCUAAUAACACAAUUCGUCAGUUUAACUUUAAAUUAUCCAAAUUGUAUUGAAACACAAUAAAAAUAUAAUGGACGACUGACAAAUAACUAUUCAAAGAUUUAUUUGUCGUUAGUGAAUUAUUACUAAAUUAAUAUAAAAUUAGAAUGCCCUUCAAUAGACCGAUCUCAAAUUUGUCUGUUUAUUAUUCAGUUUUCAUAAACAAAUUUAAAUUGUCCUACCUAGUUUUAUUCAAUACUUAACCUACUAAUAACAGCCAAAAUCAAAAGACAAUUAUUUAAAACAGUUUCACAAGACAUAAGAGAAGCAACUGAUAAAAUUUUGUAGGUCCGGCUAUAAGACUCUGUGCCUAUCAGCCCUUUCAAAAUCGUAGAAUACAGUCGCUACCAGCAGACCUGCAGCAGGCCUGCUCGCGUAAACAGAGAGAGAUCGCACGUCAAUUCGGUGUUGGCGUCGUUCUAUUUCAGGCUACGUUUUCAAGUGCCUGAGCAGGGGAAUAUAGAAUCUUAUACAGUACUACUGAUACAAGGAGCGUACAAUAAUUAUAACUACGGAGAAAUUUUUUUGGAUAUUUUUAAAAAUAAUUUGGAUAAUUUUUGCUAUUUUAUUGUAGGUAUUGUGUCAAAAUUUAUAAAUUACAAUUUUGAAAUAAGUAAUUUAUAUUAAUAAUUUAUAUUAUUGUACUACAUUUGAAGAGGGUAGGCGGCGCCUACCUUGCCUACCCCGACGGGCCGCCCCUGCUCUCAAGGUAUUUCCUGUAAUUCUUCUCAGUACUCUCAUUUCUGCCGUUUCUAGUAGUUUUUGUAUUUUGGCUGUAUCGCGUCUAGUUUCUGAUGUAUAUGUCAUUAUUGGUCUUACACUGGCUUUAUAAAUGUUUGUAUUCAUCUCAGUGUUAAUAUGUCGCUUCCGACAUAUAGUGGUAGUAAGACAUCCUACCAGUCUAUUUGCUUUUUGUACUUAAUUUCUCACUUCUUUGUUCAGGUCUCCGUAGUUUGACAAUGUAAUUUCAAGGUAUUUUAUUUCCAUUACUUGUUCAAUACUGACAUCAUCAAUUUCUAUUUUACGUCUGAUGGAUUCUUUACUGAUUACUAUUAGUAUUGUUUUUCAAUACUGAUAUCAUCAAUUUCUAUUUUACGUCUGAUGGAUUCUUUACUGAUUACUAUUACUAUUGUUUUAGUUUUCUGAGAUAACAAUGUCAUAUUGAAAUCUCUUGCUCUUAUGUUAAAAUCUUUGGACUAAUCUUUGCAGACUAUGGGAGCGUUUAAGUAUUACGUAACGCAAUUUUUGAGGAUUUUUGACCCCCCCUCCCCCGUGUAACGCACCGUAACGUUUCUCUGUACCCCCCUCCCCCUACCUAAACGUUACGUAACACCCAAGUGGCCAUUUGAACCUAAAUGGAAAACGAGGUUGCGAAAAGUACCGGAAACUCGGUAAAAGAACUUUGUUAUUAUUUUAAUGGCAUUUGAGGUAAUAAUAAAAACUUACAAUCAUCAUUCAGCCUUAAAUGUCCACUGCUGAACAUAGGCCUCCUCCCCUCGUUUCCAACCACGUCUAUCCUGCGCCGCUCUCAUCCAGUUUUUAUUUAGCUUUCUUAAGUCGUCAGUCCAUCUUGUAGGCGAUCGACCGACGUUUCUCUUGUCUUCGCUUGACCUCCAUUCCAAUAACCUUUUUGUCCAUCUCCCAUCUGUCAUUCUGGCAAUGUGUCCUGCCCAUCUCCACUUCAACCUGGCUAGCCUUUCGAUGACGUCAGUCACCUUUGUUCUUCUCCUGAUUUCUUCGUUUUUGAUUUUGUCUUGCAGAGUUACUCCUAACAUUGAGCGCUCCAUUCUUCUCGGCGUUACUCUUAGUUUGGUAGGCGAGGCUUUAGUUAAGGUAAGUGUUUCUGAUCCGUACGUCAAGACUGGGAGGACGCACUGAUCAAAUACCUUUCUCUUUAGGCAUGUGGGCAACUCACUUUUAAAACUUUCUCUCAGUUUUCCAAAUGCUGCCCACCCAAGAACGAUUCUUCUAUUCAGUUCAUGUGUUUGGUUAUCCCUGCCACUCGUAAUUUCAUGUCCCAUGACAUGAAAUAUGUUCAAAACUUACAAUAAUAAUCUUUUAUUAUUAAUUUUACAUUUACAUUUACAGUUUCCCUACUUGGCCCCAUCCUUAGACAUACAUUUUUGGUUUCAUUCUUUAUUGUUCUUCUCAUGCAUUCUUGUAUUUUAUCUUUUUUAAUAAAAGCUUAAAAUAAAAUAACAUAUUUAUAAUUUCAACAAUUUAUUUUGCUUAGUAAAAAUUUUUGUAUAACGAAUAAUAUACGAUGUUACCAGUAGUUUCGGAAAAAUAGUGAAAAAAAAUGUGUAAAACUUUUUGUUCUUCAACGCCCUGUAUCGUGAAACCAAAAUUAUUUAGUAAGCAAACCCCAAUUAUUUUUUAAUUUUUCACCUAUCCUAGAGAUCAUGUUACCUUUUUCUGAAACAUCUUGUAUAAAUAUAAGAAGGCACUUAUGGAAUAAAAUUAUUUCUGUCCUUGUUUUAAAUAAUUUUAAAAAACGCUGGGACCCGUAGAUUUUCAUAUAUAAAAAUGUGUGCUUUUUAAACAUAAAUUUAAAUGUACAGGGUGAUUCAUGCAAGCCUAGCGUAGUCCAUUAUCUUUAAUUUUAAUUAAACACCCUGUAUAUUUUUGUUUUUAGAAGCUGCUUAACAACCUCAUCUCAAAAAUGUGUAUUAUGUAGGGUCUAUUAUGAAUAAUGCAAGGUGAAAUUUUGAAAUUCUGUAUAAUUUUCGUAAAGAUGUUAAUCACAUAAAACUUUGAAAUUAAUAAUUCAGGAAUCACACUUUAAUGGUUUUUUAGUGGGUUUUGUAUUUAAUGCUUUUUAUUUAAAGACAUUUUUAAAUAAUUUGAAAAUUUGCAUACAUAUUUAAAACAUUAAUGAAUACCUACCUACUGCUGAAAACGAUACCUACUGCAUGUUAUGGACUUAAAUUACCCAUUUCAUUUUUACCAAAAUAUAAAGUACCUACCUAUCUAUUCAUCAGAUAAACCCAUAAAUAACUCCGACGGAACAGUUCCGGAUAGUGGAAACAUUGGUCUUUUGAAAGCAAAACAAUUCUCAAGGAAAGAUUAUGCGCUGUUGGAUGUUGGGCUUUGGGUUGCAUAAUAUAAAUGAGAAAUGGUUUACAUUUGAGCAAUGAAUUUUUUUUUAGAGUUUUCGGUUGAUUUUAUACAGUUUUCAGUAGAUAAGUAGAUUGGAGUUCAAAUCAGUAGGUUUUAUACAGUUUUCAGUAGAUCGGAGUUCAAAUUAGUAUGUCUACUGAAAAAUCAGUAGACAAAUCAUAAUACAAUUCAGGGGUCUAUGUAAAACAUAAAAGAAAUUAUGUAGUUUUUUUUAUUUAAGUUAAAAAAGAAUGUUACGUAACGCGCUGUUCGAACCCCCCUCCCCCCAUGUAACGCGCCGUAACGUUUUACAAAACCCCCCCUCCCCCCAAACUGCGUUACGUAAUACUUGAACGCUCCCCAUCUUCAUCUUGGGCUAUCAAUAUUGCGUCGUAUUUUGUAUCUUCUUUCGUUCUUGUGCAAGUAAAUCUCAGCAGUUUUUGGAUCUCAUUUAAGGGGAAAGGCGCAAAAUGUCGCCUGUCAAAAUUUUCAAUGUGUUUUAAAUGUAUUAAUUUUUUUCGAAUCCUGAGAAAACUAAUAAAUAUUUUUAAAAACUUUAAACGCAGAAUGAAAGAUUACGUAAUGACCGAGGGCCGAAAGUCCCUUAGAAUAAAUAAAAAGUUUCUUUUCAAUGAAAUAUUUGUAAUCAAAAGUCACACUAAAUUUUCUCUUUUAUUUUCACCCCUGUAACUUAUUAAACUACACAUUAUAGAAGUUUUCAGGGACUUUCGGCCCUCAGUAAUAAUGUAAUCUUUCAUUCUGGUUUUAAAAUUUUCAAAAAUAUUUUAUUAGUUUUCUCAGGAUUCGAAAAAAAUGAAUACAUUUAAAACACAUUAAAAAUUUUGAGAGGCGACAUUUUGCGCCUUUCCCCUCGGCAGGCUUGUUCUUUAUAUCCGCCUGAUAUGCGUAUCGAAGCAUCGAAGUAGUUUCCUCCACAUUGUAAUUCGCUGGCCUAACGCAGGCUAUCAUAAGUGUAAUGCUAUUUCCUCCAAGUGAAUCUUUUGAUAGCCUAGUUAGGUUAAUAUUUCUAUGAGGAAUGAACCUGUGCUGAUAUUUUUCGACUCUAAGGCUGCUGAUUACAUUUCCAAGGUCUUUGUUGAUGUUUACGACUUAUUUAAACAUAUUUUCAAGGGCUCCGGUUAUUUAGCCGCUCUCAGCCAGCCAAGUCCACGAAGUAUAAUUUCGAUUGCUUGUCUUCGUGACAGUUCUCUUUGUGAGUCAUUGAUAUAUUGACUGUAAAUAUCGCAUGGCUUCGUGAACUGUGUGCACUCAUAGCUGUAGCACUAGUUUCCCUUCUUGUUGUCCUUUUCUGCAACGUUUCCAAAGCAUCAUUCACAUCGGGGUAAGGACAAAUAAUCCUCGGACAAAAAAUCCCCACAAAUUAUCCCUGGACAAAAAAUCCCCACAAAUUAUCCCUGGACAAAAAAUCCCCAGACAAAUGAUCCCCGGACAAAUAAUCCUCGGACAAAAAAUCCCCAUAAAGAAUCUCUGGACAAAUAAUCCCCGGACAAAUAUUUCCCACAAAUUUUUUUGGACAAAAUAUCCUCACAAAAAAUAAGAUAAGACCUUAAGAUUUAUGAACUCAUUCACAAUAGACUUUUUUUUUCUUUCUCUAACUUAUGUAGGUCUUAACUUAUGUAUAUUUCACUCUAACAUCCUACACCAUCAUUUGAUUUUAAAUUUUGUUUAUAUUAAUUUACUCCGUUAUUAUACAAAAUUCAGAGUUGGCUCAAUGAUAUGAAAUGAUCGUAAUUUAGAGAGAAAUCUAUUCAUGAAUUGCAUUGAGUGACAUUAUAUUUUCUAUAAGAAGUAUGCGGUGUCCUUUACAAAAAAGAACAGGUUUUUGCAUUACAGUUCAGAUUAUCGUUUUCAGGACCAGCAGUUAGCAUCACGAAGAGGCAAUGUUUUGAACAUACUUAUUCAAAUCAGAGUGAGCAAAAGAUUUAAGCGAAUAAUAUAACAUGAUUCCCACAGCCUUAGCUCAUUCCCCAUAUUUUCCACGAUUUUUGAAAAAACUCAGACUCUUUUGAAAAGAGUAGGAAUAGUAAAGACAGAAAAAGUAAGGGAUAGCCGUAAAAUAUUUGCGAAUUGUGUACCCAUGGCCUUGAUAUUAACUGCUACUUACAUACUUUCCGUGUCCGUAACACCAAGAACUUUAAAUUCUGUAUUUCCAAUGGUUGGCCACAUAGAUGGCCCUGUCAUUUGCUAUAAUUAAGUCAUCUUCUGUGCAGGUCUCUCUCAUCUCUGUGCAUGAUAGGAUAGUAGAUGCCGGCUGGUCUGAACCGCGCCACAGUCGCAGGUAUCGUUCUCCUGGUAUCCCCAUUUUUUCAGGUUACUAGCACAACGUGAAACGCCAAUUUUUAGUCUGUUUAGCGCUUUCCAAGUCGGAUACGGUAAAUUAUGUCCAUCUGAGGGAGGAAAAUGUGUCGCGGUAGCUGACGCUUGCCAUAGGUGUAUUCGGCGCGUCUCUGGCGCUUCGGGGAUGGAUCUUGUUGUUCUCAGGAAGCUUUUCCGAGAUAUUAGUCUGCUAAUUAUGCUGAGUUUGGUGGUCAUAUAAGGGGUGCCUUCGGUCCGUCUCCUGCUUUUUCCGUUCUACCUCUGACGUGACCUUCCUCCUGAUAGGUGGUGGAGCAAUUCCAGCUAUGGGGUAUACCUCUUCGAUAGGUGUCGGUUUCAGGCAACCCGAUAUUAUACGGACCGUUUCAUUUAGAGCCACGUCGACGUUCUUUGCGUGAGCAGAGUUUGCCCAUACUGGUGCUCCAAACUCCGCGGCCGAAAAACAUAAUGCCAAGGCAGAAGUGCGGAGAGUGUGCGGUUGUGCUCUCCAUUUUGUAUUAGUUAGCUUGCGGAUGAUAUUAUUUCUGGCACUUACUUUCUUCUUGACAUCUUGACAGUGCUAUCGGUAAGACAGAGUUCUAUCCAGACGGACGCCAAGGUAUUUUGGCGUCUUGUUGUGUUCCAGCAUCUGACCACGCAAUUCUACCUCCAGCGGCCUUCGGGCAUGCUUGUUUCUCAGGUGGAAAGCACAUACCUGGGUUUUUGUGGGAUUGGGUUUCAGAUGGUUUUUAUCAUAGUAUAGAGCUAAGUCUCCCAUCUGUCAGUUUCACUUCGACUUCCUUGAAGGUUUUUCCCUGAGCUGCCACAGCUGUAUCAUCAGCGUAAAUAAAUUGCCUUGUUUGUUGGUGUAUGGGUUGGUCGCUGGUGUAUAUGUUGUAUAGAAUUGGCGCGAGGACACUUCCUUGUGGUAGCCCAUUUUUUUGGUCCCUCCACCGACUGUUCUUGGACUGGAGCGUUACGUAGAAGCGUCUAUUCUGGAGGAGACAUUUCACUAACCUUGUUAGUCGGAAAUCCUUUGUAGUUUCGUAGAGUUUUGCGAGUAGUCGUUGAUGGUUAACUGUAUCAUAGGCAGCAGUUAGGUCUAUGAACGCUACUCCUGUUAUUUCCUUCCGUUCAAAACCAUCUUCAAUAUGUUGGGUGAGAUUAAUAAUUUGACUGCAGCAGCACUUUCCGGGCCUGAAUCCUGCUUGUUCUGGAAUAAUUUUAUUCUCCACAUAUUCAGCGAUCCGGUUCAGUAUCAUUCUUUCAAAGGCCUUGAAAAGGUGGCACAAGAGAGAUACAGGUCUAAAACUCUUUGUAUCCGCCGGAUCCUUCCCUGGUUUUAAGAGGGCUACCACUCUAGCUUUCCUCCAGAUUUUGGGGAUCUGUAAUGUACGGAUGCAGCAAUUCAUCAUUUUUACGAGCCACUCUACGGUCUAUAGUCCAAAAGUUCUUUAUUUGCUCUGUUCGUAUGUCGUCCAGGCCAGCCGCUUUAUUAUCUUUCAUUUGGUGGAUCGCGCCUCUCAUCUCCUUUAGACAAAAAGAGGUACCUAGAAUAGAACAUCUCUUUCUUCGUCGAUAUUCCGUUGAGCUCUCACCUUGUUCUUUCUUGAUGUCGUCUUACCGUUCAUUAGAAGAUGAUGGGCUAUCUGAUCGGGUGUGACUUCUGUCAUGUUGACUGCUGGAGCAGCGGGAUCGUUGCCAAGAUUCCGAAUCAGCUUCCAGGCACGUCUGCUGUUUUGUUUCAUGUCCUGACUCGUGACCAGCUUGCACCACCUUUCCGUUCUGUUGGCGGAUAUCGCAUAUAGCAUUUCCUCCCCAGCCUAUAUUGUCGCUUCCGAGAAAGGGUCUUCUGCAUAUAGCUGUUCGUAUCUUUUAAGUAGGGGUUUAGAUUCUUCAUUGAGCCCCGCUAUGUACUCAGUUCGACAACCUCCAGGGAUAAAUUUCCGUGAUACUUACUUUACGAUUUCUACAAAUUUAUCGUAUGAAUCAGGGCAAUCAUAUUAAUUAUAAUAUUUUUUUGUGGGGAUUUUUGUUCGGUGAUUAUUUGGCUGGGCAUUUUUUGUGGGGAUUUUUUGUCUUGGGAUUAUUUGUCCUAGCCUCUUUACAUCUUGUAUUUUUAUUUCUGUGAAAUUUGGGAUACGAAUUACUACAAUUUUAUUUUUAGUAGUGAAUAGGUUAAGCGCCUCAUUGAUACUAAACUAAAUUUACAAUCAAGAUGCAGUAGAAAUAAACAAACCAAGACACGUUAAAUGAUACUAGGAGCACUCCCAAAUCAUAAUUUACAAUUUACAAUGUACAUUGUAAAUCCCAAAUCAUGAUUUCCAAAGUUUAUACAUUGUAAAUUAUGAUUCGGGAGUGCUCCUAGUAGUAUCGGGAGUGCUCCUAGUAGUACUGCAUCUUGAUUGUAAAUUUAGUAUAAACAAGCUGAAAAUGCGAGCAUUAUCAUAACGAAAACUUUGUCUAUAUACCUAUUUAAAUUCAUCAUAUAGAAAAUUGCUAUUACGAAAAACUGUUUAGAAUUAAAAAUUAUGUUUUAAUGUGCAAGUACAUCAUUCUAAUUUAAAUGUUGUGAACUAUAAAGAUACUUUACUCGAAAUUCAUAUUUUUUUACAUACCUCGUAUAAAAUUAAUAAAAUUUGAUUCAUGAUGGUUGCAUCAUAAAUCUUAGACCAAGAAGAGAUUUUUAUGAAGAAUAACUUUUCUUCGUCAAAUUUAAAAUACAAGAGUUAUAAAUGAAAAUGAUGUUGGUAUCCAUAAUUUGAGAAAAUUCGUCAAAUAUUUUUUUCCAUUAGAAGGAUGUAAUUUCAUAUAUCAGAACAUACUUUUUUAUUCCAAACCACAUUUUAAAUAACAAUUUUCCAAUAUUGUAAAAUAAAUAAUACAUACAUACCUCUACAUGAUAAAGAUACUUUUACUGAUGAACUUUACUUGGAUCUACAGACCUAGCGAGUCUCGUAAAUUCCACGGCUUUGCGCCACGCUUCACGCAACCGUAUUUGCGUACUUGUGUUUUGAGUUGUGUGCGCUGGUCACUGGUCGAGUGGAGUUAUAGAUAAUUUACCAAAUUUAAAUAUAAUCGUUUCUACUGAUUCAUUAUUAAUAUAGUAUAAUAUGUAUUAUUGCUUUCAAAAUAUACUUAAAUUGUAUUUUUAUACAUUUAUUACACAUAUUAUUUUAUAUAAUAAUUAAAUUCACUAUAAAAUGUCAUUUAUAUUUUAUUAAUAGCUAAAUAAUUUAAAAUUUAGUUUGACAUUCACGAAGUGUCAAACUCAAAUGUAAAUAAUAACAUUUGCUUUGCUUAACAAAUUCAGGUAAAAAAAGUAGCCUACUUUCUAAUCAAAGAUUUCAGCUGACGUUUAGUGCCUGGUAGGAGAUAACCGGAUUGUGACGUCACAUUUUCGAUUUUGAGGUCGAUUAUCUCGAAGACGGUUAGAGAUAUCAAAAUGCCGUUUUCAGAUUUGGAUUCAGAAGACAAAACUACAUACGAAUCCAUCGAUACGUCUGCUCUAAGUAUUGCAGGAGCGGCGACGCAAUAACACACAGACUUUUGCAAAUUUAUAAACGAAAAGUUUUCGUUGAUAAAAAUAGCAUACCCUUAGUUGUAUCCUCUCGUAUUUCCAAUGUGCAUUGCUCUCUUGGUUUAUUACAGAGUAAAUCAUAAGAAAAGUUGUCCUUUACAAAAUCUUGUAAAGGAAACAAAUCUUCAUCUUGACCAUUUAUCAAUUAUAUUCCCGCUCUUUUUGGAUUUUCUACUGUCAGAAGUUGUCAGAUUCUUCACGCAUUGUAUUUACUAGUUUGAUUUUGGUUUGCUUCAUUUUAACCAUUUCUUUAUUCAAAUCUUUGAUGCGUUCUUCGCCCCUGGUCUUCAUUUUGAUCAACUGAUUUUAUUCUUGUACCCUUUUCUUCGACUCAGAUAACCGAUGAUCUACUCGUAUGUCUGGAACUCUCUUCCUACGUUGUGACAAUUAUCCGUUGCAUAUCCACGGCCUGAUAAUUUACAACGUUAUUGGCGCUGGUCAAUAAAUAUUCUUUUCCAAAUUCUCUUUUUUAUUCCUUGAUUAUCUGAUUGUUUAUUUCUGCUUUGUAUCAAAAAUAUAAGUCAUAAAAAGGACCUUUUAGUCUAGGCGCCAGAUGGGUCACCGUGUCUUUCUUAAUUAUUCUGAUGGGCAAACUCAACGGUUUCUUAUGGAUUUUUGGUUGCUGAUUACCAAUUUCGAGGGUGGAUUUCCUUAAAUUUGUUCCUUAAUAAAAAACGAAGAAAAAAUCGUUUACUAAACUUAAAUUCAACAGUUAGAACUAUAGAACUCACGAUAUUGUGAAAUUAGUGCACAAUGCAAAUUGCAAAAUAAGUAUUUUUCGAAGCUUUAUCGAUCGUAACUCGGCUUCUACGCAUGCUUAAUUUAUAAUCUUCCAAACAAAGUUUGUUAAAUUACUUUAUCUUCAUUUGUUUUAAAGUUAUACCCGUUUGAAGUUAUAAUUUUCUUAAAAAUUGUACAUUAAUUUGUUUAUAAGGGUUUCAAGCAAAUUUGAGCUAUAAACAUUUAUACUUUAAUUAACAAUAAUGAUUCUUCUUCUUCAGGUGCCAUCUCCGCUACGGAGGUUGGCAAUCAUCAUAGCUAUUUUAAUUUUUGAGGCAGUAGCUCUAAAUAGUUGUUUUGAGCUGCAUCCAAACCAUUCUCUCAGGUUCUUCAGCCAUGAAAUUCGUCUUCUGCCGAUGCUUCUUCUGCCAUCUAUCUUUCCCUGCAUUAUGAGUCGCAGGAUGCCAUACUUCUCGCCCCGCAUCACAUGUCCGAGGUACUGUAGUUUUCUUUCUUUAAUUGUCAGUUCAACUUCCUUCUCUUUACCUAUUCUUCUCAGUACUUCAUUGUUCGUAACUCUAUCUACCCAGGAAACCCUCAUAAUUCUUCUAUACGUCCACAUUUCAAAGGCGUUAAGUCGUCUCAUUGUCUCUACAUUUAACGUCCAUGAUUCCAGUCCAUAGUAUAGUACACUAUAUACGUAGCAUUUUGUUAGGCGUACUUUAAGAGCUAAUGUUAAAUCUUUACUACAUAGGACCUUUUUCAUUUUCAUAAAAUUAGAACGUGCUUUCUCGAUUCUGACUUUGAUUUCUGCAGUGUAGUCAUUAUUUUCGGUUAUAAGUGUCCCUAGGUAAGUGUACUUUUUUACUCUUUCGAUCUGCUGGCCCUCUACUAUCAAGAUUUCGUUAGUAUUAUGGUUGUUUUUACUAAUUUUCAUAAACUUUGUCUUUUUGAUAUUGAGAGAGAGUCCGUACUCCCUACUACACCUUACUAUUUUACUCAUGAGUAUUUGCAGGUCUUGUAAAUUAUCGGCUAUUAUUACUGUAUCAUCUGCAUAUCUGAUGUUGUUAACUAAGACUCCAUUUACUCUUAUGCCGACUGUUUCAUCUUCCAGAGUUUCUCGCAUUACCUCUUCAGAAUAAACGUUAAAUAAUAGAGGUGAUAGUAUGCAGCCUUGCCUGACUCCUCUUUUUAUUUCCAUUUCUUCAGAUGUUUCUGUUUCAAUUCUUACUAUUGCUCGCUGAUUGUAAUAGAGAUGUGUUAUUAGUCUUAAAUCUCUUUCAUCUAGGUUUUUAGUUUUUAGAAUUUCCAUGAGUCGGUAACAAUAAUGAUAGCAGAACUCAAAAGGAACAAUUUGAGCUUAUAAAAAUGUUCGUAAGUUUAUUUUUGGCCAAGAUAUCGAAAUUCGUAACCAAAAUGUCGAUAUCUUGACCAAAUAUAAACUUACGAACAUUUUCGUAAGCUCAAAAUGUUUCCUUUGAGUUCUUUAUCAUUAUUGUUAAUUAAAGUAUAAAUGUUUAUAGCUCAAAUUUGCUUGAAACCCUUAUAAACAAAUUAAUGUACAAUUUUUUUAAGAAAAUUAUAACUUCAAACGGGAAUAACUUUAAAACAAAUGAAGCUAAAGUAAUUUAACGAACUUUGUUUGGAAGCCUAUUAAUUAAGCUUUAAAAUGAGACGUUUUAAGGCUCAUUUGCAUGCGUAGAAGCCGAGUUACGAUCGAUAAAGUUUCGAAAAAUACUUAUUUUGCAAUUUGCAUUGUGCACUAAUUUUACAAUAUCUUGAGUUUUAAUUGUUGGAUUUAAGUUUAGCAAACGUUUUUUUCUUCGUUUCUUAUUAAGGAACAAAUUUUAUUUGAAACUUUUUUUAUCUCUUUUAGUUUAUGAGCCAGAGCCUUAUAAACAAUUGAAUUGAGUUUAUAACAAUUUUUUGACCACUCAGAUCGAAAUCCACCCUCGAAAUUCGUAACCAGCAGCCAAAAAUCCAUAAGAAACCGUUGAGUUUGUCCAUCAUAAUUGAAAAGGACAGGUGACCUCUAUUUGGCGGCUAGACUAUUUCGAGGUUCCUCUAUAUUUUUAAUUUUAUAAUUAAUAAGGUAUUAUCAAAAUAGAAAGUAAAAUAGUUAAUUACUACAGUUAUGAAUCAUAUUUCAUUCUUCUUCUUCUUCUUGUGCCGUCUUUUAACGAAGGUUGACGAUCACUUCUGUAAACCCUUCUGUAUCUUUUGCAACGUAAAAUUUUUGUUCAUCAACACUGAGGUUAGUCAAGAUUUCUUCCUCAGCAUUCCUCAGCCAAGAUUUCUUCUUUCUUCCCAAACCUUUUCCCCCUCUACUCUUCCUUGCAUGAUGACGUGUAGCAGAGAGUCAAUGUUUACAAAUUUUGUAAACAUUGACUUGUAUAUUUCAUAAAUCAUUUUCGAGCUAUUUCUGUUCUGCCCUUUAUCUCCUCAUCUUGAUCUAAUUGUGAGGUUAUAAUUGCUCCGAGGUAUUUAUACUUGUCGACCCUCUCGAGCGGUUUACCCUCCAAUGUCAGAUGUAUGUUGUCAACAGGGGUUUUUGAGAUGACCAUGACCAUGUAGUAUUUGGUUUUAUUUAUAUUCAUUGUUAGUCCCAUCAUUUUGCAUUCUCUGUUAAAGAUUUUUAGGAGAAUUUAUAAAUCGUCUAUAUUUUCUGCCAUGAUUGCGGUAUCGUCUGCAAAUCUUAUGUUAUUAAUGAUGCUCCCUCCAAUCCUUACACCUUCAGUUCUUUUCCAUAGUGCCUCCUGAAAUAUUAGUUGGGAGUACACAUUAAAUAAUUAUGGCGACAGCACGCAUCCCUGUCUGACCCCUCUUUGAAAUUCCACUUGCAUGGUGUGUCUCACUAUCUUCCACCCAAUCGACCGCUGUUUGAUUGUAGUACAAAUUUUUGAUUUAAUUAAUAUCCUUGUUGAACUCGAACGCUUUUUGGAAAUUCUUAUAAAAUAUGAAUACGUUUUUAUUAUUUUGGUCUACGAACCACUUUUCAAAAGACAGUAAAGGUGGUUAGUUAAAUUGAGAAGUUAAGUAGAGGUGCUUAGUUAAAUUUUUAAAGCCAAUACAAAUUUGCUCUGAACUAUGAGCUUUAAGCUGAAAUAUAAGGUAUGUCGUACUAUAAUGUUUGUGAAAAUUUAGAAAAUAUUCCCAUCCUAUGUAAAAUUAUUUAGCAAAAAAGUGUAAAUUAUAUAUUUUAAAUAUUUUAUCAGUAAACCGAAGUUGUUAUUUUAACUCACAAAAUGGACUCUGUGAAUCCCCCUACUGUUUUGUGUUUAAUAAUUUCUAUUAUUAAGUUUAUUUUAACAUUUAGUUCCUUUUAAAAGUGUUGCUAUUGUUCAAUAUAUGAAAGAAACACUUUGCAUCAAGACUUGUAAUAUUUGAGUUUUUCAAAUUUUAUUGUGAAUUAUUUUCCUUGUUGUUGUUAUGUUGUUUAUUUUCGAACAUGUACAUAACAAUGUGUAUAUAGAAUUAUUUUAGAUGUGUUUUAGAUGAUUUUAAAGAAUAGAUUAAAACUGUAUAAAAAUUUCGACAAAAAUAACGAUACAACAUUUUACAAAUCUGUCGAAGAUAAAUUCAGAAUCAUGUUGGUUGAAUUAUUUAUAUGUUAUUAUUAUAAUUAAAUUUUCUGAAGCAAUAUUAUAGUAGACAGAGAAACACCAUCAUUUUAGUUUUUACUGCACUAAAAAAACUUGUCAAUAUUGUGCACCCUUCUCUAAAAGUACAGGUAAAAAACAGGUUCAUUAUUUUCGGAAUUACAAUUUAAACUACCCCCUGUUCUGGUAUACGUGAAGUUUACUUCGCUAAAUUACAAAACUUGGUUUUUUAGAACAUUGAAAAAAUGUCAAAAUGCCGAUUUUUGAAAGUUGAAAAGUUAAUUUGUUGUUUCGCAAACUUCAAAAUAAGUGAAUAUCGUCAUUUGUUAAUAAAUUUUAUUAAAACUAACGUAGAACUUUGGUGUUUCACCCAAAGUUGUGUAUUAGGGUGCUUAACAAACCCUCAAAAUUUGAAACCGAUCCAUUAACUAGUUUAAAAGUUAUUAUAUUUGUUCAUCCCAAAGACCUAUUUGUUGCAAUAACAUAAGACAGAAAAUAAUGAAGAUAGGGCAAUUCUGCGGAUGCCAAGUGAAAGUAGAAGUGUACUAUCAAUGUGUAUUAAAAAAGGAUAAAAAUUUUUCUUACAAUAGUCAAAAAUCCUAAUAACAAAUUUUUAAACUUCUGUUAAAAACAUCUAGAAUAACGUUAAAAAUAUUGUCCGUAGAAAAAAUUUUUUUUACAUAUUGUAUUUUUACUGUAUUUGGUAUUUUUAUACGAAUAAAAAAUUGGUCUAGGUCAAUUUGGGGCAAAGUUAUGUUUUUUUUUAAUUCACAGCGAUUUUUUUUUGAUAAUCAUUAAAGAACCUAAUUAUUGCUAUUUUAAAAAAUGGGAUUUGCAUUUUGUGUAAUAUAAUUUGCACAAACAUAGUCCCUUUACAGGUCUACGAAUUUUCAGAAAUGUAGGGAACCUACAUAUUCACCGGGUUCAAAUAUCGAACAAGCAAUAAUUUCAAGCUACUAAAACUUUCUAUAUCUCCGGAACGACUCAAUGGAUUUAGAUCUUUAUUUAAUUUUUUUAAUCUUCUUAAUUUUUUAAUUAAUAAACAGUCUAAUUUGUUCAAUAUUUAAAAAAAUAAUUUUCUUCCAAAAAUCUUUUUUUUAUCAUGCUAUCAUUAAUAAUCAUAGAAAAAGUACACUUUAAUAAACAAAUUAUUUUUAAGGAAUAAUUAUUUUUUGAUGUUAAGUAAGUUAUUUAUCAACGUGUACUUUAACUUUUCAUAUGAUUAAUAAUGAUAGAAUCUAUGAAUAAAAAAUAGAUUUUUGGGAGAAACAAUUAUUUUUUAAAUUGUUUAAAAAAAUUAGUCUCUUUAUUAAUUAAUAAAAAAUGUCUAGAAAAAUUGCAUAUUUGUAAUUUACACAAAAAUUCAUAGAUAUUCAAAGAAGACAGAUCAAGAUCCAUUGGGUAGAUCCCGAGAUAUUGAAAAUGAUCGUAGUUUUUAGUUGCUUUUUUAGUUUUUGAACUCGUGGUUUUGUAGGCUCCCAGCUCCCCCUUCACUUACCACGACUAAAGUCGACUUAGUCACCAUUUGAACUACAUUUUUGAAAAUUCGUGUAAAAUACCAGUUUUUCGAAUUUGUAAAAAGAUUUUUCUACGGACAAUAUUUUUGCAGAAUUGCCCUAUCUUUAUUAUUUUCUGUCUUAUGUUAUUGCAAAUCAAAGGUCUCUUGGAUAUACAAAUAGAAUAACUUUUAAACCAAUUAAUGGAUGGGUCUCAAAUAUUAAGGGAUUUCUCCAAUAAGUACUCCAAUACCAAACUUUGGGUUAUGCACCAAAGUUCUACGUUAGUUUUAAUAAAAGUUAUUAACAACUAACGAUUUUCACUUAUUUUGCAGUUUGCGAAGUAACAAAUUGACCUUUUAACUUUCAAUAAUCAGCAUUUUGAAGUUUUUCAAAAAUCAAAUUUUGUAAUUUUUGGCAACUAUUUGGCUUUUUAAAAGGGUGAAAAAAAUCGAAAAGAUUGCUUUUUUGCACUAAAUUGAUAAAAAUUAACAAACGGCCCCGAACUGUAGGCAGGAAAGAGGUAGGUUUUCUUCCUACAGGUUUACAAUAACUAAAAAAGUUGUCAGAUACCUAUAUCUGGACAAUUCAGUGUCAUUUUCCUUUUUUUUUUUGCUAAUUUCCCUGGAGUAUUAUUAAAAUCGUGAAAUUGUGAUACCUAUCCUAAAUUUUAGUUGAAAGUUUUUAUAAAUGUUUGCUAAAUUAAAAAUACUUCAAAAGUUGGAUAAUAUACAAGUACCUAAAACAAAAACACAUUACUUACAUAUUGUGUUUUCAGCGUGUGUCGUUAUUUUUGUUCGUAAAACAUACAAUAAAUCUACAACGUACGUAUGAAAUACCAAAAUUUGUACUAUGUACAAUAAUUUUAGAAGUUAGUACUUUGCCUAGAUCUUAUAAACUUUCCAAUGUACACGAAAAUUCUAAAUGUUAGUAGAAAACAUUUUUAGCUACAUAUUUGUUAGCUGCUAAGUAGAAAAGUACAAUUUUUACACUUUAAUCUAGUUUUGGAAUACUAUAAAUAACUGUACUAUAUUUCAAUUUUUGUGUAGAGUAAAUGUAUGUAUUGAAAAUAUAUUGAUAUUAUGAAGCUGA